UUCACGUACGUCAGCGGGGCCUGUGGGCGGGAACCCCGAUUCAAGAUGGCGGCCACCCGAGGAUCAUCCCUCUCGCCUCAGCUCAACUUCUCGAGUCGGGCUUCGUCUCGCCGGCUCGUCGGCUGACACUCGUUCCCGUCCUCGGAACGGAACACCCGCGGGCUCGCGCGCCGCUCGCGGUCGCCGCCCGCAUGCCUGCGCGGACGUGAGCUAACGUUUUCAACGCCCCGCCGUGACGUCUGGACCGUGAGCUUCCAACGGCCGGCGGACGAGCUCGGGCUCGCGCCAUCCGCCAGAUGAGUGCCGCUCGUCCCCCCGAUCGAUGGCCGGAGCUACUCGUCCGCACUUUGUGGCAUUGAGGAAUGAACCAAGCCGCUCGGGAUGGACUCCUGCGCGAAGACCCGAAACCGCACGGCGCCGACGGGCGGCGAGGACGGUGGGCGUCGAUCCGGCGGCUCGCGGACCAACGGCUGGAGCUGGCCUCCUCAUCCCUUCCAGAUGCUGGCCUGGCUCCUCUACGCCUACUUCGCCGCGGUGGGCCUGGGCGUCCUCGUGCCGCUGCUCCCCGCCCACUGGACGCCCGCCGGCUAUAUCUGCACGGGCGUGAUGUUCGCGUGCCAUCUGUGCACUCACGUCAUGGCGGUGAGCGUGGACCCGGCCGACCGCAACGUGCGAGCCAAGAGUCCGGGGGGGCCGCUUCCCGUCUUUGAGCGCUCCAAGCGCGCCCACGUCAUCGAGAACUGCCACUGCUACCUCUGCCAGGUGGACGUAGGGCCCAAGUCCAAGCACUGCAGCGCGUGUAACAAAUGCGUGGCCAACUUUGAUCAUCACUGUCGCUGGCUCAACAACUGUGUUGGAAGCCGAAACUACAAGUUGUUCCUGUACAGCGUGGCGUCGGCCGCGCUGGGCGCGUGCGUCCUGCUGGCGGUGUCGUCGUACGUGCUGAUCGCCUUCUUCUCGGAGCCCGCCGUCGACCGCUCGCGGGGUAAGUCCCACGCGGAGGCGGCCGCUCGCCGCGCUGACCGCCGGCGCGCUGAGCGGCCGCCCGCACUUCUUCCCGCCAACGCAGCGCCCAACCGGACGGCGGCGCCGUUCCCGUUCUCGCCGCCGGCCGCCGCCGUUCCCGCGCUGGCCGCCGUCACCGGCGGGCUGGCGCUGCUCGCCUGCGUGCUGCUCUGCCACCUGCUGCUCUUCCACUUCUACCUCAUGUGGAACAGGUUGAGCACGUACGAGUACAUCGUGCGACAGCGCCACCGUCAGGAUGGAAGGCGGACGACGAGCCGGGAGGACGUCGAGCGCGCCACCCGUCCGUCCGUCCGCUUGAAGGUGACGCGCGUGAGGUCGCCGCGCCGCCUUUCACUUCUGAUGAUGAUGAUGAUGAUGAUGAUGAUGUGGUUGUCAGGAAGCAGACGACUCAACGACGCUGGGCUACACCGAGCCGGAGCCCAACGGAGGCCGCGCGCAGUCGGUGGCCAAUGGCAGCGUGAGGGGCGUGGCCAGCCCGCUUCUCAAGCGCCAAGCCCCAACCACAAUCUCCACACAGCACAACUCUGCCGAGUUGUACACAGAGAAAAUGGCGGCAACGAUGGCGAUGACGAAGAAGAAGAAGAAAAAACAGACGAGCAGGGGGGCCGGCGCCACGGCGUCAGACAGCGGUCCGGACGCCGGCCGUUUGUCGGAGCGGCCCGGCGCCCGGCUUCCGGGCCCCACGGGGCGUUACCGCCCCCACCCGCCGCCCUCUCCCGUGCGGGCCGCCGCCCCGCCCGCCGACUACCACUCCGACUCGGCCGAGUCCCUGGAGGAGGUUCCCGUGGCGCUGGACAAACUGGGCUCGCGGGCCCCGCGGCGGACCGCCCUCGCCUCUUCGCCGUCGCGUCGGUGAGCGGAGCCGGCGGCGGCGAGCCGGCCGAGGGAAGGACGCCGGGCGCGCCUCGGCGGUCCUGCUCCCCCCUCCCUUUGCCGGCGGAUGGCGGCGGCGAACUCCCCUGCGGCGCCACCGACGCGCUCGCGGGAAGCCACGUCCGCUCACAAGUUUGUCAGUCGUCGUCUGCGCCCCGGACCGGACGCCGGCCGGUCUCGGCUCUGAUUUUCAGGCCCGCCUCCCGUUGAUUGUUUGGGAGCCAACCAAGUGCCUCCCCGCGCCCCCCCGGGGUCCUCGGCCAAGAGGAGCAACCGCAUCCGACUUGAAGGUCUUCCGAAAAUUUGCCGCCUCCCUGGUGAUUUUGUAAACGGCCAACGGCCCCUUCUUCCGGGCCCGCCGAUCUCCCUUUGCAUCGUCGUUCGAGCAACCUUCCGCUUGGCCGCUUCGCAACGUGUUCCCGUUUCAAACCGUUUCAAAAAGACGCACGUUUGCAAAUGUGCACUUUUUUUUUCCCCUCCCCAAAGUAAAAUGUCACCUUCCAAUUCCGCUCGACGAUUCCAAGCACGCACUCUUUUUUUUUGGAUCCCCCUUCGAUGUUUCUCAAGCCACAAGAGUUUCCACGGUCCCUAAAUUCACGCUUGCCUCAAAUUUUUAUUUCCGCCUAC